GCCUCUUUUUUUUAGCAGUGCUUACCUCGCCGGUAUUUGGGCUCCAUUGCGGCAGUUUGAAUCAGAAUCUCAGUAACCGAACAACGUUAAGUGGAAGCAGCAAUCAUGCCAAUUGAAAUCAACACCCCCGAUAAGUUGGAAUACCAAUUCUUCCCGGCCAGCGGAGGAGUGUUCACCUUCAAGGUGCGUUCCCCAAAAGAUGCCCACUUGGCACUCACACCAGCUGCCGAGGAGAACGGUCCGAUCUACGAGAUCUUCCUGGGCGGUUGGGAAAACACCAAGUCGGUGAUCCGCAAGGACCGCCAGAAGCCCGAGGUGGCCGAGGUGCCCACUCCGGGUAUCCUGGACGCCGGAGAGUUCCGUGGCUUCUGGGUGCGCUGGUAUGACAAUGUCAUCACCGUGGGCCGCGAAGGCGAUGCCGCUGCCUUUCUUUCCUACGACGCCGGCAGUCUGUUCCCAGUUAACUUCGUCGGCAUCUGCACGGGAUGGGGCGCCAGCGGGUCCUGGCAGCUGGAUGACCCUACUCCCUCGGCGCCCGUAAUGGGCUUCGCCGCGCCCACCGGAAGCGGACCAGGAUGUUGGGUGGCUGCCGCCAACGGAGAGGUUCCGCCUAACGCCCUGGAGGGAGGAUUCGAUAGCAGCGAGCAGCUGUACAUCGCCCGUGCCCGUCACGAGGGUGACCUGAUUCCCGGCAAGCUGCACCCAUCGCACGGCGUUACCUACGUGGCCUACGGAGGCGGGGAGCACGGACACGGCGAGUACGAGGUGCUCUGCGCCGCCGGAGGACAGUGGGUGCCCGUGGAGGCCGGAAACAUUCCGUCCAACGCUUUGCCCGCCGGCGAGACCGCUGAGGGCGAGCCGCUCUUCAUCGGACGCGCCACCCACGACGGCACCAUCACCGUGGGCAAGGUGCAGCCCUCGCACGGAUGCUGCUACAUCCCCUACGGCGGCGAGGAGCUGGCCUACAAGGAGUUCGAGAUCUACGUGGCCAACUAAGUACUGGGUCAAAUCCAUGAUGUCCAACGCACUAAAACACAAUUGUUAGCCUGAGCGUUUUACAGUUAAACUGGGCGCAAAAUUUUAUUUAUAUUUGCAUUUCUACUCAAUAUUGUUGAAGAAUCUCUAUUCGAUGCCGAAAAGGUUAUUAUUUUGUUCACCCAAAUUGAUAAAUAAACAAUAAAUAUGUUUAAGAAAAUAA